CACAGGCAUAGCGGCGGCGCGGCGAGGCCGCGGAGGCCUGGCGCGGGGUGCGACGUGCGUGGCGAACAGCCUACCAGGCGAGGCCAAAGGGGGCACCGUGUAGGCGAGCGCGGCGAAGGCGUGGUAGGGGAUUGGUUUGAUGGCCGAGAUGGCUGCGCGGGCGCGGCUAGAGAGUAGCGAGGGCACGGUGGCCGGUGAGGUCUCGGCCCCAGGCACCGCCAGCACAACAGCUCGUGCGAUCAUGGGAGAUCCAAAUGUUGUGCUAAGCUGGAACACUUUCUUACUUUUUAAGUAUUUUUACUUCUUCAUUAUCAUAUUUCCUGUUAGUUAUGAUGUCUGGCUAAUUAAUGUCGUGACAUGUGGGUUCGGACAGCUUGUUUUCAUAUCUGUAUCCCACUGAAAUCAAACAAUAGGUGGAAGAACAUUGUAGCUCGUAUUAAGACUAGCCUUUGGAAGAAUUAUCCCUUUCAGGGGGGAGUUUUCCAUGUUUUAGUGUUAAAUUUUGACGGAUUUAACUUGCUCUUGAUGAUUAAUUGUGUUGAAUCGUGUCGUACCCCAAUGCUUGAUUUAUAAGUUUGCAGUGGGUCUCAUGAAUUCGUGGCUCUGCCAAAAUUUUUUGAGAGGCCUGUGCUCUGAUUUCUGGGAGUGUUUUUGUGAUGUCAUCAGCGAGUUGUGAAUUCUGCAUCAAUGCAACCUUACAUUGUAUUUAUCUGUUUGAGAGAAAAUCUGGAAGCUGAUUUUGACCAUGUGCUGACACGAAGUGCAUGUGAGAGCAGGAGAAAUGCAGUAUUCGCAAUACGGAUGCUCCUACCUUCCUUUGUUCCUGGAGUGGAACUGGUAGUUAGAUAUUUGUUUACUAGUGCAGUUCGGCAAAUGUGUGAUGCUUUAGGACAACAUCCCUUUUUUUGGCCACCACUGCACCCUAGAAGAUAGAUAUUGGUGAGGUUCAAGGGCAGCUAUGAUAUGCAGUCACUGAUGAUAUGCGACCAUGCCAACCAGUAGCAACUUGUUUUGGUGUCUCCGGGAUGCCCUUAUGUUCUUAUUCGCCGGUACUUUUAAAAACUUAUGCAAGUAGUUGGUUUCUGUGAAAAUGCCUGUUGAGUCACGGAUCUGCUAAGUAUAAUUCUAGGUGAAAGUUCUUCCCUUAAACUUUUUUUAACCUUAUGGCAUAUUUCAGCUGUAAUACUUCUUGGGAAAUGUUCUCGUACUCAUUCUGCAAGUGCUUAGAGUCUUGAUUAUAUAUCAGUUUCUUUGGUCAGAAGUGACAAGGUCAUUCUUAAAGUGUUUGGCAUCUAUUAUGCUCUUGUUAGGUUGGACGCCUCUAUUUUUUGCAGUACAAGGUACUGAGUCUCUAUCCGUUAUAAGGCUUCUUAUCGACCAUGGUGCUGAUCAAAACAAAGCAGACAAUUGUGGGAUUACUCCACUUCAUAUUGCAGCAGAACGAGGUUCCUAUGAAGUAGCAGAGUUUUUGUUGUCCAAAGGAGCUGAGGUUGACCCCAUAUGUAAAUAUGGUGAAACACCACUACACAUUGCUGCUGAAAAUGGAGAUGCAAAAAUGGUGAAAUUAUUGUUGCAGCAUAACGCAGAUCAUGGCAGACUUUCGUGUGGAUUCCAUACACCACUGACAAUGUCCCUCUUUGGUUCGUCAUUGGAAUGCUUGGAGAUACUUAUUGAGGCUGGUGCUGAUAUCAAUGCUGAUACUCAUCUAAGUCCACUAAAAAUAGCUGCUGCGCAAGGCUUAGCUGACUGCAUCGAGUGUUUGUUGAAGGCUGGCGCUAAAGCAAAUAUUCCUGAUGAACUUGGUAGAAUGCCAAUAGAAAUUGCUGCAUUCGAAGGACGGGUGGAAUGUGUCAAGAUUCUUUUCCCUGCCACAACCCCUUUGGUUAAAUAUGCAAACUGGAGCAUUGAUGAAAUAAUUCGAAAUGGAUUAACUGAACGCCUGCGCGAAGGAUCUAAAGUCAAGGCGGAGGGGGAUACUGCAUUCCGGAAGAAGGAUUAUAUUUUUGCAUCGACUCGCUACACUCUAGCAUUGACACUUGUUCCUAAUGAUUCAGACUUGUAUGCAAAGAGGAGCCUUUGCUAUCUGCGUAUGGGUGAUAAAGAGAAUGCUUUGCCUGACGCUAUAACCUACAGAGAUAUGCAGCAAGAUUUACCUAAAUCUUCCUCUGAGCAAGGAGCUGCUUUGACAUUGGUGCUGGAGUAUGGUAGAGAAUUCGAAGCAUUCAUGUCUGGUUUGAACUUGGGUUCUGGAAGCUGCCCGACUGAUGAAACUGACGAAGCAUCUAGGGAGGAGCAUCCGUGAAGUGAAGCAAGGUUGUCAGUUGUUACUGCACAGACGAAGAUAGUGGUGACAUGCCGGGCGUCCAUGGAACCUGUGGGGCUGUUGUUUUUUUGUUGGAUCCUGCAUUUUUCCCUGGAACCUGACCACGUUUUGUGACGGAACACUAAAACUGCUGGAGAUAUAGUACGUACUAUACCUGUCUAGUUACAUAGAUCAUAGACGGCAUACAUAUUUCACGUGAUAUACUGAACCGCGAAACCGAUCCGACGGCUGGGAGGUCCUCUGUUGGGUUGUUAGAUCAAACGCAAACAGUGAUGGAAGCCCGAAACCUUCCCCUGUUGAUAGCGAUGCUGCGAGUUUUAACGCUGUGGAAUUGUAAUGAGCUGAGAUGAUGCAGUUUAUUUGGACGGCAUGCAUGUUCUGGAAGUUGAUGAAUACCGCCGUUGAGAGAUUGGUACGCUUCCUUGUGGGGUGGAAUACAGUCCGACUUGUUGCUAUCCUCUGCUUUU